UUGUUUCACUGUUUGUAUGUAUGGGUGUGUGUGUGGGUGUGUGUGUAUAGGUAUAUUGAUGGGGUAAAGUUUUCGCACAUCGUCGUCUUCACCAUUGGCUCGUAAUCCCUGUGAUGAAUGAUAGGACGGCAUGCGGAAGCGUGCGAGUGCUGGAAAAUGUUAGUUUUCCCGGUGAGGGUUCAGAGUGUUCUUGUUUGCUUCGCAUGAAAUUCUUACCUCGUGCAGCUGUGUGCGAGUGGGGCUGCGAGUGAGAUGUGUUUCCCGAUGACGAGAGCGUGAAAUAAACCAGAUGGCCCGAUAGACGCGGGCGAACAGUUUUGGCACAACGCGUGUAAAUCUGUUCGCCAUCACUUCGCGUGGAGAAAUAUUGUCGAGCUGUGGUGAAAGUUGAAAUCGGUUCGAUUGAAUAGCCGCUUGAAUUACGUUCAAUGGAGCACCGAAACAUGAUGGGUGGUUAAAUUGAAGCGAACACGAACAGGAAUGUUAAUGUGUUUUGUUGUUUUUUUAAAUAUCGAUGGAGACGCAUGGUGGCUGUUGUAAAAAAAAAUUUAAUAAACUGAAGUUGUAAAUAAAUGACUCAAAAUAGCACAUAAAAAAAACUACUGAAUUCCAGUACGGGAACAUAAAUUUACAUGCUCACUGUGUUUUAUAGCUAGGCGGCCGCGAUAUAAAGCAUAAAACAUUCAGCUCAUGCAUACACUUCGCGAACGCCACUAACGGGGGAAACUGGUCCCCAUCGAUAACCUGACAGUUGUUUUCACCCCAUCCCAUCGUACACCCGAAAGGCAAAUUGAUAUUCCCAAAGCAGUAACAAUUUUGCAUCCCCGAAAAUAGAAUCGCACGAAAACAGCACCGCGCGCGUGUGGAAAACAAAUAGAAGUGAUUGAACGAAAUACUGCUCACACACAUACACACACUCACACAUGCAUUAGUGGACGCGUAUGUUUUGGUCGUAAAAGUUUCCAUCGAGUGGGUGGAUAAAUAGCAACAACAACAACAAUAAAACGAAGCACGAAAAGCUUCUCAGGAUCGAAGCAUGCUUCGGAUUUUGUUAUUUGUGUGAGUGUGUGAGAAAAUCGGUCGAGCGGUGAGUGCGUUACCAUACCAGUGAGUGCCAACCAUACCGCGGAUGAGUGGUGGAAAGUUGUUGUGUACGGCGCGUUGCUACUGGUAAGAGGGUUAGCUCCCUUGUUCCUGCACGUGCGCGCCCCUAUCGUAGUGUGUCACCUUCGGGUGCCAUGUGCUUUUGUUUACGACCCACGUGCUUCGCUGGAACGUCGCUAACGUCGCAUUCGACUCACGGCUUUGGUGACGUCACAUCGGUGGUAUCCUUGUUCGUCGUUUUCGUCGUCGUCGUCGUCGUCGUCGGUGGCAGCGCGUGUUGGACGCUCUCCGAUGGUCUGUAACAGCAGCAGCAGAAGCAGCAGUAGUAGUAACGCGGACAGUAGCGAUGGUUGUACGGUUACGACUGGUCGAUCCACUACCACGCGUAGUGCCACUGUGUGAAUGUACAUCCAGUGGAUAGGCUGGCUGGCGCGCUUUACGCUGCUGGACAACGCUGCCAGUGUGGUGUGUCCUCCGUUGGAGUGAAGAAGAGCGUUCGCGUCUUUCGCGGUAAGGCGAACGUGCUGUUUGGAGGUCGUCUGUGACCUGCUGCUGUGUUUGUGUGUAUUGUGUGCGUGUGUGCGCGUAUUUUUAUUAUUAGAAGCUUCCGUUGCCUCUCUGCCGCCUUUCCGUUCGAAAGCGCGUGGUAUCCGCCCGCCUUCCCUUGUUCUCUCCGCCGUGGAUUGUGCACAUGACCGGCGAACCAAUGACUACCCGCGGCACCGUUGCUGGACGAGCACUCCAUCUACAGCCACCGCACGCCAACCAUCCCCUCCAGGCACUGCGAACGGACGACAUCGAGGUGCAGGUGCUGGAGCAAGGGAUCGAGCUUUGUAGUAGCGAACGAAAGACUAACGCCACCAGCGGUCCGACAGCCAGCAGUAGCAGCAGUAGUGGCCCAAAACCUCCCACAAAUUUCGGCCGUGGCCGGGUCAGCCUUCAAUCAUCCACCACCGGUACCACGUCCCUUGUGACGGGCACCAGCGGACUUGGGUCGGGAGGGUCCAAUGGUCCAGCGGCGGCACCCAGUGGCCCAGUGCCGCCAGGUUCUCGGAUAGCUUCCCUCAAAAACCCCGUCGGAUGGGUAUGCUGUGCACCGUGCAUUUGGCUCCGGAGUUCCUCGGCCGUUCACAAAAUGGCAAUUACGGCUGCCACACUCCUGGUGACGUCACUGCUCGUCGCCUCGCCAAUACUGUUCCUCAUAUCGGCCGCACCGUCCCAGCUGCCACGCGAUUGCUUUGGGGCCGAUGAGGACGACUGCCAUCCAACGCCGGCCCCGCCGCCGGUCUGCGCGGAUCCGAUCUGCCGAGCGGCGGCCAUUAGCAUAUCGUCCCGCAUGAACUGGGAUGUGGAGCCGUGUCGGGAGUUCAAGAACUACAGCUGCUCCACGAUGGAGAGCAGUUUGCGGGCGGUUAAAAGCGCACAGGAACUAGCCGACGCGCAGAUGCAGCAGCUGCUAUCGCUUAACACAACCAGUGGGAUUUUCCGUAAGCUGGGCCGGCUGUACGGUAGCUGCCUGCGGCAGGAGCUGAACGAUACUAGCAUCCGGAGGCGGUUGGAUCAGCUCGGCGGCUAUCUGCACAUCGGAUCGGUGGGACCACAAAGCAUAUCGCCAUUGGUAGCAAAGAUCCAAGCAAUUGGGCCGCUGCCAUUGAUCGGCAUCUACUACGAUCUCAGCUACGGUCGCAAACCCCAGACGCUGCUGAUCAUCGAUGGACCAAAUACGCCACCAAACAUACUCGAGAACCCUGUGCGAUGGAAUGGACCAAGGGCGCCGCCCUAUGACGUGGAGGAGGUGCCGGACCUGCUGGACGAACUAAUCAAUACGUUUCUACCGUUAGGGUUGAGCAGCGACCAGCGCCAAUCGGAACGGAACCUUAUUUUUAGCUUUAUUCGUGAACUGAACCAGAUCCGUCGAAAUUAUGUGCAGAAGGACUUUACCAGCAGCUACGUGCUUAACAACGUGACAGCCCUGUCUAACGCCCAUCCUUUCCUCAUCUGGACCGAGCUUGUACCGGGCAACUGGACGGGACCGAUCGUAAUUCGAAGUCCCGAGUACCUGCGCCAGCUGCGGAAGCUGCUGCUCCAGUACCAGAACCGGGUCAUCCACAACGCGCUGCUGAUGCUGUUCGCGCUCAACACACUUCCUCCGGGCCGACCGUCGCCGUUGGUUUGCACGCGUGCAACCAAUUGGGCCCUGCCCGAGGUCACAUCGGCACUGUUUGUGGCUCAGUACAGCGAGGAGGUCAUACGGCACGCCAUCCAGCGGACGGAAGAGAUGUUCGAGAACAUGAAGCAACAUCUGAAGCGGGCUCCAUCGCUACGAGGCGCUGCACUGGUGCGUCUGUCUCAGCUAAAGGUACAAGCGAAGGUUUGGCCAACGCUGUUCAACCGGACGGAGAUUGCUUCCGUGCUGGAUGAGCUCGAAAUCAGCUCGGACAAUUGGUUCGAAAAUGUGCUUAAAAUCUACGAAAUCAACAACAAUCGCACGAAGGCGGUAAACUUUACCGUGGACUCUUCCCAAACGGCAUACGCGUACCCGCAAAUAUCGAAAGUAUUCUACGACACGCUGUCACACUCGAUCGUCGUACCGCUGUCGGUGAUCCUGGUGCCGUACUUUAACCCAGUGCUUCCACCGUACUUGCACUAUGCCUCCCUCGGCACGACCCUCGCCAAAGAGAUCCUGCGCUCGAUCACGAAAGCGUUCGAGACGAAGAUCAUGCAGUGCGUCCCGGGCGCUGUCAGCGUCUUCUCGAACACGAGCCGCAUGGAGCUGCUGAUUCAUUCCGGCGGACUGCAGAUCGCUUACCACACACUCCUCUCCCUGUCCGGACCGAUCAAGGGCAUGAACCGGUUGCUCGGGCUGAGCUUGACGCCGCCGCAGAUCUUUUUCCUCAUCUCCGCCCAGCAGCUGUGUGCCGAAUCCGACUACAUUGGGAUCGAUGUGAAUUCGAGUGAUUUUGAUGAAAUACUGGCCUGGCUCAUAUCGCAGGGUGGCAGUGCAUCCGAUGUCUUUCAGUGUCAUUCGACCACUAAGUUAAGUUACCAGAAGAAUUGCGAUAUAUGGUAGGUGCGGAGCGAAGGAGUGCAUUCCCUGCGCACCAUCUCUUGGAUCCAAACCGUGUAUCCCAUCGGUAGAGUAGCUAGUAGUUGUGUGUGUGUGUGUGUGUGUGUGUGUGUGUGUGUGUGUGUGUGUGUGUGUGUGUGUGUGUGUGUGUGUGUGUGUGUGUGUGUGUGUGUGUGUGUGUGACAGAGAACUGAGACAAAACGUGGUAAAACACGGAUAAAGUUCUAGUGAUAAUGAAAGGAGCAAUCUUUGGUAGGAAAAUAAGUAUUAGAGACAAACAAAAAAUGCAGUGGACUAAAAACAUUGUUAAAAAAACCACGCGAGUGUUGCACACUAAAUUAGGGGAAAAUAUGGAAUUUUAGCAAAAAGAAGUAACGUGAUAGUGUUUAACAUUGACUAGGAGUGUUGAAUACUCGCAAAUGUAAUUUAUCUUUAAUUCUCUACCACGGAAGGAGAAAGAAAGGCAUGAUAGGGCUGGAGAGUUAAAAAAAACGUACAAAUCGUUGCGCAUAUCGUCAAAGCUUUCGUAUGAUGAUUUUGCAAUGAUUUUGCCAUGUUUUACAAUAUCCUUCCACACGCGCAGCUGAGUCAGCAUGCGACCCAUGCAUGAUCGUGCCCGUAGCGCUAGAACUAACAGAUAAGUCAAUUAAGUUAUCGGCUUGCAGUGGUCGUCAUUGCGUUUGUUUGCGCCUCUCUAUUAGUCUAAGAUCGUUGUUAGUUAACAGUUGUUCUUGGUGGGUGUGUUUUUCGGUUUUGUUCCACAACAAUGAGCAAAGCUCUCGCAAAGCAGAUUGCUUAGCAGAUUGUUUCGUACCGCGGUGGAGGUUGAGCUAGAGGCAGAUAGUUUAUUAGCGUGUACAUUGUUGACAGACCGUGACAAUAUUUCCACCACCGAAAGCUGGAGGCUGGAGGGAGGGUAACUAGUGAGGCUUAUUGUAGGGCAGAUUAAGCUGUUAGGAAUAGAGAGUGGUGCAUUUUGAUGAGAACGAAUGUUAGGUUUUUAUUUUUAAUGGCCUGUAAAAGGGGGAGAAAAACACACACACACAGAGAUACCGUAUGUUAAGGGGCCACUCCGGAAAGGGAAGGCGCCACUUGGAAGGGAAGGAUAGGGAGUAUUUGUUACUACUGUAACCACUGUUGUAACCUAGCGUUGUGCAUUUGAUAUUAUGAUUUUCCGGGUGGACGUUCACAUUCUAUAUACACAUAUACACAUAUAGUGGUUGAGAACUGUCCGGUUAGUAGUGUAAGAGUAGAUCAGCACGUAGUACGGUAGUGCCGUUGAAUAGUGUACGGUGGUGUAUAUAGUGGAUGACGAUAGACAUUGUUUUGCGUGUUUAGAAGAAAGUAAGAAAGAGAAGAUUACAAUAAUUAAAAACACACACACACACACACACACACACACACAAUGAAACAAAACCAAUUUCAAACGUCCUAAGAUUGUUCUUUUGCCAGUGCAUUAGUAGGACGUAGUAGGACAGCAACACUAAACACACUCGAUGAUGUAAAACGCUCGGAAUUGAACACUACAUUUAGAGGGAAAAUAGAGAGGAAAGUAAUUCAAAACAAGAAACUACUGAUGCUGGGACUCACCGAUAUCAACGUAGAACUGUAGCUAACACGAUGUUUAAGGAUGGAUUAGCCAACCGAUAGGGAAUUGACCGAACACGAACAAUCCGAUCACAAACAAACACACUAGUAGUUGUUGUUCCAAACGAACGAGGAAGCCCGAAAGGACAGAAGUGUACCUUAAUGUUACUUAAAAGCGAUAUAUCCCGGAAGAACUGAGUGUGAAGUGCUGUGCGACAGUAUGCACUAGCAAUCAUAGUUGAAAAAAAACAAAAACCACCACAAUCACGGACAUGCCACAUCCCGAACCACCCCCGGUAAUAGUGCAUGGUAAUGGUAGCUCAUUUUAUUAGACAUCCUUUUACGGAGCAAGAACACCAACACUUGCGGGGGGGACUUGUUCGACUGUAGAACGUAAACCACGACACAUAAAACCUGCGAUAGAGCGAUGGACUGUAGAGAACGAGACACCUUUUAAAAGCCACAUUUAGGAUGUGUAGAUGAAUCACUCACAAAUUUUACGACACAGCUAUCCAACCCUAGGCAAAACCCGUCUGCAAUUACAUCCCCUUUCGUUUGUAACGAAUUAUCCCAAACGUAACGUAUUGCUGGCAGACGGAAUGGUAGCAAUUUUAACACUAAAAUCCCACUGAGAGCUUAAUGACAAUUAUGGCACAUCAAAGGCCACGCACCGUUUGUGUGUAUUACAGCUGAUUGUUAUUGAUAUUGAUUUGGAAGUAUUCCUGCCCAGACCACACCUAACUUGAACGGAUAUGAAUGUAAGUAAAGGGGUAGGGAUGGGGUGGGGGGGGUAGUUAGUGAAAGCCCGAUCACGCGAUCACGGGACUGGGCGUGGUAAACCUUUAUAGCAAUCCUUAGCAAAUCGUGCCAAACAAAGAGAAAAUCAGUUGCAAAACGAAGUAUGUAUGUGUGUGUGUGGAUGUUAGAGUUAAUAAUAGUUUAAUUAGCAAUCAAGCCGUUCAAAGCGUUAAGAAACGAAGGCACGAGAAUGAACUGUUGAUAAUUAUUUCAUUUGGCGCAUGAAAAGCGAAACAAGACGCAACUGGAGAGCGAUAAAUACUGAGAUAGAAUUUAGCAAUAAAUAAAACAAUGUUCGA